AUAGAGCUACGGGCAGACACAGAAGAUCAGAAUCUGACGCAUAGAAACAGAGAAGGAAAAAUGAAGCUCCAACAAGUCCUCUGCUUGUGCAUGCUACUGGUGGCAGCUUGGGCUACUGAGUUUGAAGACAUUGGGGGAGGUGUUCGUGGAAAUCGCCCAGUUGAGCAUGGCUACAAAGCGUCUGACACAUGUAAAACAGAGAAGGACUGGCCAAUGUGCACGGAUGGUGACUGGGGCCCCAAAUGUCCAUCUGGGUGCCGGAUCCAAGGCCUCCUGGACAAAACUGAUCACAAUCUUCUGACCAGGAUCGACAAGAUUCGCCAACUCCUUGACCAGUAUCGUCAGAAGUACCGCUCCACCGACCAGUCAUCCAAGCAGACAUAUGACUACCUUCGUGAUCGUCUCACCACCAGCUCAGGCGAUGACAACAAGUACAUGUCACUGGCGGAGUCCUUGAGGAAGAGGAUUGUGGAGGUCAAGAUUAAGAUCGAACGCCAGCUGAGAAUUCUGGAGGCCCUCAAGACACGGGUCAGGGAACAGGUCAUAGAGAUGCAGAGGCUGGAGGUGGACAUCGACAUGAAGCUGCGCAGCUGCAAGGGCUCAUGUGCUGAGUACGCCAAGUUCACUGCGGACCGGGAGAGCUAUGUGGCUAUUGACAAGCAGCUGGACCAGCUGGAGUCCAUCCGGGUCAACAGUGUGGAGUCAGUGGGCUCCCUGCGGGUGAUGAAGAGUCGUGUACUGAAGGAGGUGACCGUGCCGUCCAUCUACAAGUCUGGGCUGGGCAGCGAGGCGGAGGAGCAGAAGCAGUACUUCGCGGAUGUCGGCCAGGCUGAGCUCAUACUGCAGGGCGAUGGGGGCACCACCCACAGAGGGAGCACGUCACCACUUACGGCCUCUUCAUCAUCACACCCCCACUCAUCAUCUUCAUCAUCCCCCCACUCAUCAUCAUCAUCAUUUCCUCACUCAUCAUCAUCAUCGAUUCCCUGA